AUGUUGCAUGAAGUGGACUUCCAAUCUGGUUACAAGGAUAAAAGAGUUCACCCCAAAAGGGGAAUUAAGAAUUUCCGCAGGCUCAUUGUGAACAUUAUUCUGAUGAUAAAAGCGUGCCGAGGAUUCCGCAGCGCAUUGAAAGGAUUUGACAUCAAAAGCACCAAUACUGUGUUUGAUCGACAUGAAUUCAGCGUUUCAAAGGAACAUUUCCCUUUUAGAGCAAUCCAAAUAACUAAGAAGCCGCCAUCAUGGAGGACUGAAUCGGAAAUAAAGCACUUGCGCAACCGUUUACAGCUUUUGGAAAGUUUCGGCCAAUACAGCCCAACGCUGCAGUAUCUGUUGGCCAAAGUGAUUCGCUUUGAACGAUUCGGCCGCAGAAUGGUCAUAAAAAAGGGGCAUGAAGCAACUGCCUUUUACUUCAUUUAUUGUGGUACAGUCGCUAUCACGGAUGACGACGACGGUAGUAGUGCCUUUGUGGAAACAGCUCCAACUACGAUUCAUAGGGGUGCUUCUUUUGGUGUGAGAAAUUGCCCUUUUGCAAAAACAAAAAGAAUUGCCACUGUUGUCUGUAUGGAGGAAACGGAAUUGAUGGUGGUAGAUAAAAAGGAUUUUUUUGCCUAUAAACUGGAUAAGGAACUUCAACGGGAAUUCAAAGUUCGCUAUGAUUAUUUGAGCGGUGUUGAUCAGGAGCGAGAGGUCUGA